GGUUUCUCCAGGUAACCUCCGCAUUUUGAGUGUUUCAGCCAUGGACAACAACCCGCAAGGAUCAAGUGGCACCAAAUCGGGCCUUGGGGGUCUCUUUGGAGGCGGCGCACCUGGAUACUCCAAUACUGAGCUCGCCGGUGUACCUCUGACAGGAAUGAGUCCUUUGUCCCCAUACCUCAAUGUCGACCCUCGGUACCUGGUUCAGGACACAGAUGAGUUCAUAUUACCCACAGGCGCCAAUAAAACAAGAGGAAGGUUUGAACUCGCUUUCUUCACUAUUGGAGGUUCUUGCAUGACUGGAGCAGCAUUCGGAGUUGUGAACGGUCUCAGGAUGGGCCUGAAAGAGACCAGAGACAUGGCCUGGUCUAAACCACGUAAUGUACAGAUUAUUAACAUGGUGACUAGGCAGGGUGCUUCAUGGGCCAAUACUCUAGGUUCUGUUGCAUUGUUGUACAGUGCUUGUGGUGUGGUGAUAGAGAAGGCCAGAGGAGUGGAAGAUGACGUCAACACAGUGGCUGCUGGGACGUUAACGGGGAUGCUCUUUAAAUCAGCAAGUGGAUUAAAGGGUGUAGCUCGCGGAGGUGUCGUGGGUUUAGCCUUGUCUGGCGCCUACGCGCUCUACAACAACUGGAACCACAUCACUGGCUCAUCCUCUUCCUCCUCGCGGCUGUACUAACCUUCCACACAUCUGCAUCAACAUUAGGGCCAAAUAUCUUUUCGGGACACAGCCUUUAAUCACAGCGCUACGAGGAAUACGACUCCGGUUGAAUGCAGUGUGCUUCCCAGUGAAGUGUGAGGUGGUCCCACUUCACUGUUUUCCACCUAUGAGCCACCUUCUUUUCCUGGAGUAUUCUGGGAGUUAAAUGUGUCUGGAAAAAGGAAUUUACCAGAACUUUACAUAUUACAGAGACCUAUUAGUCUCUUAUGCUAGUUUUGAAAUUAGUAAACCCAUUCUACUUGGGUUGAAUGAGCCAAUAUUAAUUUGUCACACAGCUCGUGGCAUCUGGUGUGUGUUUCACCAGAUAAAUGGCUGUGAAUUCAUGCUAUGUUUUUGGACUGAAAGACUCUAAUUCAGAUUUUCAAGCAAGACGUGCAAACACGGAGCAAAGCCUCACGGUCCGCUCUUGUAUUUAUUAAAGCGUAUCAGCAGUGACGUUUGUGUCACUGUGCAAGAAGAAAUCACUGUAAAACUACCGGAAGUGUGUGCUGUUAAUGUAUCUCCAUCAAACCCACCCACUAUAUUAAAAAGUUACUAAAAAAAGGGAAA